AUGUUUCUUGAAUUUCUUAUCUUUCUGACCAUAGAUAACAGGGAUACAUUGCCAGAAAUAGCGGUGACGGGCGUGGUGCUCGUAAAGAAGGACUACGCCCUGGUCAAUGCACAUGACGUCUCCAAGAUACCGUUGACUAUGCUGAAAGAGCAUGGUCGCGUCCAGUUUUACGCUACGGCCGACGUGCCGUGGUUCUGCAAGCCCAAGUCCUACACUGCCCAUCCUGAGUACGGUCCGAUUACUUUUAACACCGUGGCUCUCCUAGAGUUAGAUAUAAUGAAUACUGAAGAGCCAUAUCCAUUAAAGCCGAUAUGUUGGACAAGUCAACCAUUAAAUGCGUCCACGUUCCUUUAUGCUGCCGGAUACACCGAUGAGAACAGGCUUCUCGAGAAGGUGAUACAUAAAUUACAGUACACAGAUAAUACUUCUUGUUCUGAAUUUUAUCACAGAGCAAAGCUUAGUGACAAGACGAGGGAGCCGGUCUACUACCUCUGUGGCCACGCGGUAUCAAGCAAAUCUCAUUGCGUAUGGGAUAACGGCAUGGUCCUCAUUUCCAACGCCACCCAGUACUUUACAUUGCUUGGAUUCGGAAUCCGUGGUCCUGGCUGCGCGGCACCAGCUCGCUUCAUCAACCUGCAGUACUACUACGAAUGGGUGCAGGAAGUGACCACCGAAGUAGAUCAUUAUGACGACUACCGCAGAGACGGUGGAUUUGAGGAAGUUCCCUUACACGAACUCUUUAACGCACAAUCGGGGCUUCGAGAAGGCGAUGAAAACCGAAGAUCAAGCGUCAACAAGUCUAUCCCAAUUAAACAUCAUUACUACUCAUUCGACACAGACUUACCUUUGUACUUCAACGUAGAACCAACGGACGCUGAUACUAUUGCUGUUUUUCCAUUUAACGAAACUUGGGAGUCAUUCGAUAAAGCCUGCAACUCUUGGAGAACUUUAAUGUAUCGCGAAUUCUUCGAGCUGAAGGCUGAGGGACGCAUUGGUAAUGCCGUGUUCAAGAUGAACGUGCAGGAGCACUCUAGCGCCAUAUUAUCGAUAAAAGAACGGAUAGACCUUGUGGAAGGAGAAGCUAUUACCUCAUCUGAAGAAAUGGUUCCAAAUCUCAUGAAGCAUUACCCCUUUAAAGAUCUGUAUCCUUCCCCCGCCAAAAGCGAGCACGGAAAAUGGGUACCGGGCAAACUUUUAAAACCAACAUUCUUGAAGGAGUUUUUCGACCCACUAAAUGUUACAAAUUACAAUCUAUACAUAACGUUCACGAUAAAAGAUAAGGCGACCAUGAAGUUUGAAGUUUAUGGUGAGCCGUAUGGGCCUGAAGACCCCAACCUUACAACAAAACCUCCUGGGAGACUUCUAAGAUUCGGCUCAGAAGAGGAAAGCGCAGAGUAUCAAACCCAGAAACCUAUUAAGAAAGCCAAAGUUCAAUUUCAUCAGGGAUUUCGAAAUUUACUUCCCGAUGCACCGAUGUUUAAGUCAGGGUUCGUAAAAGAAGUUUAUGAUUCUGACGGUCAUUCUCUUUAUGGUGUUAUAAAUCGCAAAACUAGAGCAACUACUACUGUUAGAACCACAACAUCACCAAAGUACUUUCGGCCUCUAAGCUCUGUCGUCAUUAGACCUAAACCUAAAACUUUAACCCCACAGUGGUAUCCUAAAAUUCGAAUUGUUGGUGAUAGAAAAAUAUUGACAUCUUCUAAAAGGAAAACUACCAAGUCUGUUCCUGUAAGUAAACGUCGUAAAUAUGACAAAGUCCAUAUGCUUACACGAGCUUUCACCACAAGUACGCUCUACCCAGCUGCUCAUGUUAAAACCGUGAUGGAGGCAUCAGGGGCUCCAAGUACUGUUGUUGUUUUUCGAGUGACUUUAGUGAAAAUUAUUUCUUUUCAUAUUCUUAUGCUAUUAUUAAAUUCUUAG